AUGCCACAUAACACUAUAAAAACAUUAUACAAUUACAUACAUAUCGUUAUACUAUGCGUAUGCUGGUAUAUGCUAUCGUCUGUUGGUUCACAGGUGACGAAGAGAAUUUUGACAGUAUGUCCAUUGCCAUUAUUUUUGGGGGAAUUCCAAUUUCUAUAUACUGCCCAAUUGGCUGUUCUUUGUUGUGGCAUAGCCUAUAGUUCAGAAAGAUUCUAUAACACUUUCCCAAACGGUACUUUCCCAGUAUAUGACAGAAAAAAUAUAAGAGACAAUUGGGCUUGGUCCGUCAUUACCAAACCUUCAAAAAGUAUAUUUCAGACAGUACUUCCAUUGAGUAUAUUUCAAUUUGUUGGUAAAUUUUUUGGUCAUAAAGCUACAUCAUUAGUUCCGGUAUCAACUGUAGCAAGCAUAAAAACUCUAUCACCUGUUUUUAUAUUGAUAUUUCAAAAAAUCAUAGGCAUUAGCACCAUUCAGACCAACAUUAACGUUGGUUUCAGUUUAGCUGCGUUAAUAACUGGUGUUUGGAUAAUUGUAAGCGAGGAUAAUAAAUUAAAAAGUUCUUCCAAUGUUUCAGAUUUCUCAUUAUUUGGCAUAAUAUGCGCUGUCAUCUCAAUGUUCAUUUUUGUAUUUCAGAACAUUUAUGGUAAAAAGGUUUUCACCUUUAAGAAAGAUGAUGAUAAUAUAUGCAUUUUACCAAAAGUAAACUCGACAGAGCAAUUAAUGGAUGAGAAAUAUGCAUUUGGAAGCCAUCAUAAGAUAUCAAAUAAAUGUUAUGAUAAAUUAACUUUAAUGCUUUACAUAUCGUCUGUUGGUUUUAUACUCUCCUUUUUUUGGUUUAUUACUUUUGAAUUACCAACCAUCUUAAGAUAUUUAUCUGGCGAUACUACAACCGUCAUACAAAGUAUUCCAUGGCAACUAUUUAUAAUAAAUGGUACUUUUCACUUUUUACAAGCAAUGAUUACGUUUCAUCUAUUAGGAGAGCUUUCUACGCUAACUUAUUCCAUUGCAAACUUAAUGAAGAGGAUUGCCAUUAUUUCUGUGAGUUGGGUAUUCAUCGGUAAAUCUGUAACACUAAUGCAAAUAUUUGGGUUAUUUUUAAAUGUAGUUGGGUUAUUUGUUUAUGAAAGAAUAGUCAAUAAAAAUAAAAAGCCUCGAAUUCAUGAAAAAUAA